UAAUAAACAUACAUAUAUUUUUUCCAAGCUAAAAUGUGUUUAAUGUAAUAGCGGAAAUUUCUAUUUUCAAUAAAUGGAAUUGUGAAAUUUUCGAAACGAAAAGUAAUUGUCCUCAUAUAGCAUGUUACCAAGUUUUCACAACUUAAUGAGGUGCUCUACGAGCGUACUGCAGCAUCAAACUACCGCUGGUACAUCCAGCAAUGGUGUACCCCAACCAUUCACCGAAAAUCAUGACGAUCUCAAUUCGGCCACCUGUUCCGGCAGGGGUGACUGCUUAAAUGGCACCUGCUUGUGUGAAAUACGCUAUGCGGGUGAUGAGUGUAGCGGUUUCAAUUUGCCCUACUAUGCCGGCAUAUCGGGUGUAUUCUAUUUUGUGGCAUUGGUCUCUGUUAUACAAUUGUUCAUAUGCAUUGUGGCGGAAUAUCAACGACUGAAACAGCCAUCGGUAUUAAGGGCAUGUCGUAUAACCACACAAAAAAUGUUAUAUUUCAUGGUUUUUGUGGCUGCGUCUUUGAGAGGUGCAUAUUUUACUACACCGUUGGAUUUGCAACCGCAGUGGGCAGUGACACUAAUGUCGGCAUACUAUCCCCUGUUGAUGUCCUGCGCUUCUUUAAUUGUUUGUAUGUGGGCUGAGAUUUUCCAUUUGCGUGAUAUUCGCUGGGAGAAAUCACAAUUUCUAUCGAAAAGCUUUCUGGGAUUUAUCGCCUUCAAUUUCCUGCUGUACAGUCUAUAUGGUGUAGAAGUAUUUUCGUCCCUCAUCAAUUCGAAGCGUGAGACAUAUGCCCAUAUAUUCAAUGGUUGUUACGCCGCCCUUCUGCUAAUAGUUGUGGUCUUCUUCCUUAUUUAUGGCGUUGAAGUGUUCUUUAAACUGCGUGGUGGUUUUGUAUACGAUCAAACGGGAAAGAUUUUGGGGCCCAGUGAAGCUAUAGUCAAUGCGUCCCAACUGCACCAGUCUCGCUUGGGUCUUCUAUCACAAGCCAUUAUGCUAAUAGUGAUUGUGGGUUUUUUGACUUCGGAAACUUUGGGAGAUUUUUGGAAAACAAAAGUUCCAGUUUAUUCUCGUAAUUGGCAUGAUAUAGUCUUUCGCAUUGUCGAAAUUGGUGUUGCUCUGUGGUUUCCCUGUUGCUUGUGGAACUCCAUGGCUCCCGAACAAUUAUGGAUUUUAAAUCCUCGCAAACUUAUAUCUCGCCAAAUCGAUCCGUCGAUACCUACAAUGUCGGCGGAAACGAAAACUCUUUCACCCGAAGAAGGCCAAUCAUUUCUGAACAAAAAGGAUUGCUGGAUAUGCUAUGACAGCGAUAAGCCCGAACCACUAAUUCAGCCCUGCCGUUGCACCGGAGAUGUCUCCUCAGUCCAUCAUGAAUGCCUAAAACGUUGGCUAGUCGAAAGCUGUAGCACUUCCGAAGCUCAAUUGUCUUGUAAAGUGUGCGGCUUUCCUUAUGAAAUAGAGAAAACAAAAAAGCUCGAUUGGGAAAAGGGCUUCACCAUACAGCACUGGUCAAAAACUGUCAUUCUAAUAACGCUAAUGUGUGUGGCAGGUGCCUCGGCCUGGGUUGUCAUACAAAUGUAUGUUGAUCCCCUGAUUCGUGUCAUGACCGUUGGCAUUGCUGUCCUUAUCGGUUAUGUAUGCAUCAAGUGUUUAGGUGAGAAUACUGUGGUAGCCUACCAACGUGCCAAAGUGAGCAGCAUUAAUAUUGUCACAAAAUCCGAAAUGGAAAAAUUACACACCAUCUGUGAAGAUGUCAGCACGGCUGAUACCCCCAAUUCGUCCUCGUAAAAAUGUGGUUAAACAAUAUUCUUUGUGACUGACGACAUCGGAUGUCA